CACUCUCACGCURUACUUAUAACCGUCAAGUCACUGAACGACYCAAGAUGAAUCAAUCGAGUAACAUUACAUCYCUUCCAAGCCUGGUGUGUCCAGUGGCUUCGAAUGCAGCAGUGAUACUACAUGUGAUGGCAUAUUCCAUACUGUUCCUWGGUUCUCUCUUGGGUAACAUUCUCGUCAUUUUUGUCAUUUAUCGGAACAAGAAGAUGAGAACCACKGUGAAUUGGUUUAUCGUUAACAUGUCSAUAUCAGACUUAAUCAUCCCUAUUGUUGUCAUUCCAAGGAAACUGUUUAUCAUAACCACAUCUGAUGCUUGGGCAAUCGAUGGUACAUUGGGCGAGUUUCUGUGCAAGUUUUUUUACUAUAUCGCGGACAUCACGCCAGCUGUCAGUGUCUUGAGCCUAGUAUUUAUGACCAUUGAUCGCUUUUACGCUGUCACUUUCCCCAUGAAAGCAGCACUYAUUUCAAAAUCCUACCGAAUUGUGUUGUUAAUCCUAACCUGGUUGAUCUCCAUUGUGUUCUUUUCGCCAUAUGUUGCCASUCUUAAGCURAUUCCUGCAGGAACUGAUCAGUAUCGGUGUGGAUUUACAUGGAAAGUGAAAUCCCACAUCAUAUUUUCAGCAACAGCAUGCAUAGUGUUUGUGAUAAUCCCAUUCAUUGUACUUCUCGUUUUGUAUUCUCUCAUCCUAGUCAAGCUGCGUAGCMGAAAAGUCACUGGUGAAGAACUGGAACAACAAAGAAAGCGUCGUGAAAAGACAAACAUGGCUGUCAUCAAACUAGCAUCAGCCGUUAUCCUUGCAUUUGCAAUAUGCUGGGGUCCUUAUAACUCACUCGUUUUCGCGUAUAGCUUUGUAUGGGGAUUUCAAGUACCUGGUGAUAUUACAUGUACACUCACCACWGUGAGGUCCACAGUACUCUUCAUCGCCUACUCAAACUCAGCCAUCAAUCCAAUGAUUUAUUUUAUUCUAAACAAAAACUAUCGAGAUGGUUUAAAGAGAUCCAUUACCAGAUCCAAACAGCAAACAAUUCCAAAAACUACCAACAUUUACGUAAGCGAAGAAACUCGUAGUUUGUGUAUGGAAUCCUUGCAACACAGGAUUGGCAAAAUUCACUGACAGCUUGAACAAGUGCGAGAUAGACGGCCGUAGACUAUCCUGCGGCUAGUUAGACGAUUCAAUUGACGUCAUACUAUGCAAUAUAUUAUUKUCACUCCAAUCUGAAUGAAUCAUAUAAUGGUCAUACUAGUUAGUUAUAAUAAAAAAAACCAUACCGCUUUCAGUAAAACUAGACGUCAAUGUAAAUAGCAAAGAUGUACACUCAAAUAACAAGGGAUCAAACUUAAAUCAUGUAUUAAACUACUAGGUGAGACGACAAAGAGGAAAAGUUCGGAUAUUAAUUUGAGUCCAGUAAAGGGUACACUCACCAAAUAAGUCCAUUGAUAGAAAUGGAGCUAUAUAUCUCAAUAUWUAYAAUUUUGAUUAAAACUGUUGUAUAGUCUGUAAAAGUAGAAAUUAAACUUUAAUCACACUUU